AUGAAUGUUCUUUCAAGUCUAGGAACUUACCAAAUUCGUAUGGCGAAAAGUUACAUCCUAGAACAUAUUACAACAUCGAUUCUGAACGACGACGACCUCGAAUUUAUCGUCGAGCUUUGUCCCAAACAAAGCGAUUUGGUUCGCGUGAGAUUUCAGUCCGGACACUCAAAUAACAAAUGCCAUACAGCAACUGUCCAGUUCAACGAAACAGUAAUCAAUCCUAUUGUUGGAUACUAUUGUACUUGUAUAUCAGGUUCUCGCGAAGUUGGCUGUUGCUCCCAUGUGGCUGCAGUUCUUUGGCACAGGGGUGUUCAACGAGCUGCUAUCAAUCCUGCUACGGAUCCUUUAUCGGCAGUUAAUUCAAUCCAAUCUGUACAUGACAGCAUUUAUCAUACAUUCGCCGAUGAAGAACCAGAUGACGACAAUCAUAUUCGAUAUAGUUUGUAUUCAAACGAUCUUGAUGAUACAAGCACAAUGACCCAUUCUGAUGAUGAAUAA